CUUGAUUACAGCUAUUGGCCUAUUAGAAGCUAAAAUAUAAUUCUAAACAUUCCUCAUUCAAAUACCAAAAGCCACUGUUAAGCAAACUACUAUUGUUUUUGUUUGUUUAUAAUAUUUUUAUUAUCUUUAUUUUGUUUUUUAGGAUUCUGCAGAAAGCUGAUCCUUUGUGAUCUUUAGCAACAAACUUGGCAAGCGCCGUGGGAUGCAUUAAUCGAAGCGCUGAGUGCAAUUAGAUUGUGCACUAUUGCGUAUGAAGCAACUCACCUUGCAAAUGUGCUUAGCCCCCAAGUGGACUGUAGAAGAAGAGGCUAACAGAGGAACUUAUCGAGCGGCUUUUGCUUCUGAUCUCGAGCGCAUUCUCUUAGCUAUUCUUCGAACCUGGAAAGAUUUCCGAGAACUCUUGCAGCUUUCCAAGAAAUCCACACCAGUCCCCUUUGAAUUCAGAUAUUCUCUCAUUUCUCUAAAAACGUGACUAUCUUCACGGAAAUGGCCUUCAUUAUUCUCAAUCACAUUUUCAUCGCACUUUAACUAAUAAAUAAUUGUUAAGAACAAUGCUAGAACUUAAAAUAAAUAUUACCCACUUCGAUCAUUAAAAUCAGCCUGUUACAAAUAAACAGUUUUUGAACGAGUAGAAACCCUUGAAUAAUUUACUGUAGUUGUAAUCACAUAGAAACAAAUAAAAAAAUGUAUAAAUGUUCGUGUUUAAUAUACUGGUGAAACAAAAUCUUUUUCUAUAAACUAAGUUUUUUGUAUGAUAG